GAACAACAUGGCGCUGGUUCCGUACGUAGAGAACAGUUCUCCUCUCCUGUCGAAGUUCCACAGCGCGUCCGCCGAGUUCCAGUUCCGGUCCCAUCGCGUCACCGUGUCCCAGGACUGGAGGACACAUGGAGUCGCUGCUGUGCUGUGGGACGCGGCUGUGGUCCUGUCCGUGUUCAUGGAGCAGGGGGGGGCGCUGGACCUGAAGGGGAAGCGGGUGAUUGAACUGGGAGCUGGAACUGGACUGGUGGGGAUCGUAGCUGCUUUACUGGGAGCGGAGGUGACCGUCACGGACCGGGCGCCGGCCCUGGACCUCCUCUCCUCCAACGUGAAGUCCAACCUGCCCCCGGGCUGCGAGGGCUCGGCCACGGUGUCGGAGCUGACCUGGGGUCAGGGCCUGGAGCGCUUCCCCCCCGGGGGGUUCGACCUGGUGCUGGGGGCGGACAUCGUCUACCUGGAGGACACGUUCGUCCCGCUGCUGGAGACGCUGGAGCACCUGAGCUCGGACGCCACCGCCGUGCUGCUGGCGUGCAAGAUCCGCUACGAGCGGGACACGCGCUUCCUGGACCUGCUGAGGCAGCGCUUCCUGGUGGAGGAGGUGCUCUACGACCAGCAGAGGGACAUCCACGUCUACCAGGCCCGGAAGCUGCCGGACCCCCGGGCCGAGUUAUGAGACAUGAAACCGGACAUUUGUACCAGAAACACAUUUAUUACCAGCUGCCAAAAAGUGUAAUAUCUGAAUAUCUCUGACAGAAUGCACUGUAUCAUACAGGUCGGUGCUGACACUUAGAAACUGUGUUUACAAAAAUCCAAAAGCAACAUAAAAAAAGCAUAUAACUGUCAUGACUUUACAUAAUACCUAAAAGAGAACUGUACGACUCUGUUAGCGGGAACAUGUCCACUCGG